AUGGAGCCUUUAGAAGUACCAACUCAAGUUUCCUUGGGGGAGCGAUCAGAGCUAGGGGAAGAACAGAUUGAAGACUAUCCUGCACUUCGGCCACUGUCCCCGCCGCUGUCCCCGCCGUUGUCCCCAAAAGACGGUUCGGAUGAUUUUAGGCAAUCAAGAAAGGAAUGGAAUGAGAAGAAGAAACAAAAGCGAAAGGAGCAGCUGGAAAAGGCCAGGGGAGUAGUGCUGAGCAGUAGCGAUCGUGCUGAGUUCAAGGCAGCUGUCAAUGAUUGGUUCGCUAAUAAAAGGCCUCCACAGUUCCCUGGAGUGUUGUUCAUUAUCCUUGAUAAGCUGAGUGAAGCACGAAAUAAAUGGCUCCAGGAGAACCAGAAUGAAAUACCUGAAGUAUUAGUCGAAGCUUGGAUUUCUCCCAAGCCAAAUGAAGACCCUUCUUACCAGAACAUUAGUGGCAUUGGGUUAUGGAAAUGGCUAUAUGAAGCUCAUGGUUCUAAGCCAACAAAGGUGAAAGACAAUAAGUUUAUAUUGAUAUCUCUAACCGGAUUGACGGCGGAAGUCAUGAAGGCCCUGCUUAUUCAUUAUGAGAUUAAGGUCAAAUCUCUUUAUGAGAUGAUAUACGUAGAUAGUUUUAUGGCACACCUCCAGCCAGCCUCUGAAAAUGUAUUCGCUCUCUGCUUUGAUUUCGUUCGCCUAGUCGCGAUUGGUGAUGAGCGCCGUUUUCACACACAAGCCUUUACAGAACUUGAAAAUUCGAGGAGAAACCAGAUUUUAUCUUGGAAAUGGAAUUCUACGGGUUCAGAUAUAAAGGAUAGCGACCGAGCUUUUGGUAUAGCACGUGCAGUGGUGUGGAUAAAUAGGGACCGAAGCACAGGGAAGACUGUUGCUAUUUUCUAUACGGAGCCAAAGAUGUCGAAGAAAAUGCGACUCCAUAACGUGGCACAAUGGAGCAUGAGUAGGUUUUGUGAUGAUCCACACCUACGGACUAGAUCGUCAUUUCCUAUUGAAUUUCCCGAAGGCGGAGAGCCAUCCGAAGAAAUAUUCAACUUUUUGGCAAGAUAUAUCAAAGAAGCAUUCAGGUGGAAUAGAGUACUAUCUCUGCAUCAUCAAAAGAUUGCGGCUCUGGAAGAUGAGGCAUUCCAUAUGCCCAUGCUGGAGACUACGAAAGACCUGUAUCGCCAAAAAUCCAUAUUGGAUACACAUCUUACACUACUUAGUCUUCAGAAGACGAUGGUAUCAGCACUCCGUAAUCGACAAGUCAGUGAAGCAAUGUUCUGGCCCCAGAAUGCGAUGCUUUUGUUUGGGGAUAUUGAGGAUGGUUUAGGUGAGAAGAUUAUUGAGUUUGAGAGGAUGAGAAAGCAGUGUGAUGAUAUUCAUAAUCUAAUAUUCAAUAUUAUCUCGAUUGAGGAAAGUAGGGCGGCUGUAGACCAAGGACGAAGUGUUGGCCGAUUGACAUGGCUCACCUUUAUAUUUCUCCCACUAUCCUUUGGCGCUUCUAUACUUGGAAUGAAUGUAUUCCAAUUGAAUAGUCCGGGCCUUUGGCUUUAUUUUGCCCUUACAAUACCGCUAUUUAUCCUUGUUACUGGAGGUAUUGUGAUGUUGAAGGCUACUGUCCUCUACGGCCAAAGUGGGCAAAAUGAACAGAUGGGAUUUUUCCAGUGGCUAAUCGCAGGCCGGCCAAUGCGGUCACAACUGAACCGGGCAGACCUUGAGAGGGGUAAUCUUAACGAUAAGCUUACUGCUCGGUUGGGAAAUAAUCGAGGGAGAGGGGAGGGUAAGAACGGGAUCAUGAACCGUCUGAGAGAACCGAGAGAACCAGCUGCAGUGAAUGAUAAGAUUGAGAAAGAGGAUUGA